GUCCCGGCGCUGAUGACGUCAAUUGUCGUAAUGACAGCUGUCAUUGCGGAAAUGUUGGUUGUGAUUUAACGAUAAUUACGGGUAUGUUGUUAUCAUAACAGAUAUUUUAAUGGGUUUAGUGGCAUGGUUUUUGUAAUAUCGCCAUGACACAGUUAAAUAACCCCAAAUUGUAAGAAGCGGCUCCGAACAUAUGCGUAAUGUAUUAAAGUAAAUAUUAUGGACGGGCCAAGACCUGAGGCAUACUUGGAGGAGCCAACCGGCGAACGCUGGGACCCCCUUGGUGCUCCCAACGACCAAGAAUGCGGCGAUAAACUCGAACUUGACUAUUGUGAUAACCAACUAACGUAUGAAAAAUUGCGGAACCUGGAGGAGGAACAAGAGUUGCUUAAUUCGUCGCUGUUUGCACUAACCACGCAUUUUGCCCAGGUCCAGUUCCGCCUCCGCCAAGUCGUAAAUGCCCCCCUUGAGGAGAGAGAAGACUUGCUUAAGUCUUUAGAAGAGUUUGCGUUUCGGGGAAUCCCCGACAUUAGUCUAGUCAAGGAGCGCAUGGACGAGGCCAGUCUGGCCGAAGCCGUGCGUUUACGGCGCUCGCAACAAAAGGAAUUAAUCGAUCGGCUGAAAUCCCAGCUAAGGGAACUAGAACAAUACGCGUUCGAGAACGGAGAAGCCGGGGUUCCCCAAGACAUUGUCCUCGAGCGCCAAAGAGUCAUUCUAAACGAACUGAAAACGCGAAUGAACCUCGAAAUCGACGAGCGGAACUACCACCAGAUGACUUCGGCCGACGUUAAGCAGCAAAUCAACAUCGCGCUGGACCAGCUUAUAAGCCCGCUCCGGGUGAAGGAGCACCUAGUGGCCCAGUUGAAGACGCAAGUGGCCGAUCUGGAGCGCUUCAUAAACUAUUUGCAAAGUGACACGAAACACGAUAAGUGCUCAUGCGGAUGCGCUUAUCACUCGCUGAAAAAGCCGUUCAAAUCGGACACCAUAGGGUUAAUCCAACGAACUGCCACGUUACUGCAAAUGUUCGCCGUGCUGCAGCUGGGCUGCGGGGCGCACUCUUUCAGGAAAAACGAUCUCAAAAAUAGCAUGAAAAUCAAUCACUGGGGCGACUUGAGGGCGAAGCUCGAGAUGGCGAUUUUCCGCAUCCGCGAGCUGUUGAACGAGGAGCAGAUUGACUACAGUAGUGACCCCGAGUCGGUGGCGUACAACAGUCAGUUGACGACCGCUGUGCGGAAAUACCUAGCCACGAGCAUACGGGAUUUGAUGCAACACGGGGCGACUUCGUUUGUAAAUAGUUCGAGUCUGGUCCCUUUUAUCGGGUGUUUUCCGCGGCGGAAUUCGGCCUCGAGUGCUCACAUACACGCCUGGGAGAUUAUCCUCGAGUAUUACCAUUUGAAAAACGGCGAAAAGUUCAAUUCGACCCCAGCCCGGAAGUUGUCGCAAAGCUUCAAUUUGGAUAUUGCUGGGGCUUCGCCCACUAGCAAUAAACACAAUAUGCUUUGUACGAUCGGGAAUAUCAUCUCGACUCAUACGCCGUAUAAGAGGAGUUACGAUUCACACUUCAAGGCGUUCAUCUGCGCGGCGCUAAACUCGAAUAAGCUGGUCUCUUGGUUGAGCCUAAUUUUUCAGUGUAGUCAAAUUGUUAAGUUGCACUAUUUCCCGUGGAGCUACGUUGCAAAAACUGGGUUUCAAGACAGUCUGAAAAGUUUAGAUUCUUUAACUGGUUACAAGUUUGAUCUACCAGUCGAUCUCGCUGUGCGACAGUUCCAAAACAUAAAAGACGUAUUCACCUAACUACUUAACUAGUCAUUUUUUAAUGUUAUUGUACAUUUUUGUUAAGUAUUACUAGACUUAGACCUUCACUUUGUUAAUUGCUGUGUCUAUAACUAUGAAUGUUUAUUUGUGUUUGCCGAAUUAAAUAAAUUAUUUGACAGGUU